UACCUGUCGAAACCUCAGAAUCUUGGUAAACUUUUACCUAUUCGUAAUGCACAGUGCAAUAUCUACCUUUGACACGUAAUUAUGGACAUAGUUAAUGUAGUUGAAAAUACAAAUGAUAGAGAAGAAGAGGCAGAGUUAAAGGAAGUACGGGAGCUUAUGGAGUUACAGCGACAGAUACCACCAUUAUUACCAGCUUCCAGCUACACGCAGUUCAAUAAGCUUUUCAACCUUGGAAUCCCCGGUUGGAGCCAAGAAGUAGAAACAAAAGAGAUGCAGGACACAUUCUCAACUUCCAUAUCGUCAGAAUAUUUAAACGACAUACUGGUAAAUCUACAAAACCAUAUGGGCAAAUGUGCAACAGAUAUUACCACUGAGCAAAAUAAGCUUUUAUUGCGAUGCAAGUAUCUUGAUGAUACUGCGGUGAUGGUUACGAAAAGAAUGGCACAAUCUCUAAGCCAUGCUACCGUGACAGCCGAAAAGAUUAGCCAAGUAACUAUGCUCAAUAAGCAGAGCAAAAGCGUCAAAGCAAAUUUUGGUACGGUGAUGCGUGGGUUAAGGGAAGUCGAAACCAUCCUCAUGGAACGGAAGGUGUUGGACAUAGAUAGCAUUGAAGGCUCUUCUCGAUGGCCACUGCUGAAACAUUUCAAGGGUCAGAAAGAUGAUGAUAGUGAAGACCAUGUAUAUACCAAAUCUACAGAUGAGCUUGAAGCGCUGACGGAUUCACAUUUCGUACUUUCUGGCACAAAUUCUGGGCCACACAAAACUAAAGCUCCCGCAUCAUCGAUACCCGCUUCAAAAGCUUCCUUGUUACCGCCAUCUUCCCAAUCACGACCAAUGAUAGUUCGAACAAGUACUUCAAAUUCAUCCUUCGCUACGCAUCAGUUGAAAGAGCUGGCAGCUGUUGCUGAUAAGCAGGAAGAGAAAUUUAAACUUUCAAAGCAUCUUACGAAGUAGCCUUUAUUGAUUGGAUAUCUCGCAAGGUUCCUAUGUAUAAGAAUUAGAUAAUACCACCUUGGCCAUUGUACCUUCAAAUUUUCUUAGUCAUCCCUUUACAAAGGUACACAACAAGCAUUAUAAAUGGUAUAAUAAUUACACCUCGUUAUGUCG